UGAGUUUACUGCGCCCACCGUUGUAGAGGUUUGUGUACUCUGCUUACGUUGUAUCAAUCGUCAUCUUUCCUCCUGCUGCCGUCACUGCAGCUACAAAUGCAUUUCUGCUCAGUCCGGGUCUGACUCUGGUGUCGCCCUCUCGCUGUGCGAUAUCGUUAUUGUAUACGGAUUUAGUAUCACCGCCUCAUUCAGCCUCUUUAACUUUGUUUUUGUACUGGGACUUGUUUAAUUUAGCCAAAGGUAAACAAAUCGUCUAAGUGGCCAGCCUCGACAGCCGUUUUCUUUUUUUUUUUUUUUUUUUCCCACCAAGGGGAAACCACGGAAAUCUAAAGCGAACAUGGGAGAUAUCAAGCAGUUUUUAUAUGCUUGGUGUGGUAAACAGAAGGUCACUCCUGUUUACGAAUUCAACACUGGUGGACCGAAACAUAAACCUCGGUUCAAAUGUGAAAUUCGGGUUGAUAGUUUCGACUACAUUGGUGUUGGUAAUUCAACAAACAAAAAAGAUUCCCAAGCAAAUGCUGCUAGGGAUUUUGUCCAGUUCUUAGUUCGGCAGGGACAGGUCCAACAAUCAGAAGUGCCUACUUUAACUGUUGGCAUGGGUGCUGGGACAGCAGAAACUGUGUCUGGAAAUGACACACCUGCAGAUGAUAUGACUGAUUCUGGAAUAUCUUCUGGUGGCUCUUUCCCUGGAUUAGACGCUAACAGAGACAUUCCUGCUUAUCAAAGGGGCCCACCAAUGAGUUAUUUGGACCGACUUGCAGAAAAAAGGAAAUUGGAAGAAUCAGAAGAUCUUGACUUGAAUGCGAGUAUUCACGGCAACUGGACACUGGAAAAUGCUAAAAGCAGACUCCAUCAAUUUCUGCAGCAAAAUAAAAUACAAGCUGAUUAUAAAUAUUCUAUGAUAGGUCCAGAUCAUAAUCGGAGCUUCAUUGCCGAGAUGAAAAUCUAUGUCAAAUCUAUUGGGAAGCAUGUAUCAUCACGAGAGCAUGGUUCAAAUAAACAAGUGGCUUCCAAAUCAUGUGCUUUGUCUUUGGUGCGCCAACUCUAUCACAUGAAUGUUAUUGAAGCUUACACCGGUUUGAAGAAAAAGAAAGAUGCUGAUAAGAUACCACCAUUUGAAGUUUCCAUUUGUCCUGAAUUGGAAACUAGUCUGGAUGAAGCUUUGAAUGCAUGGAAUAUUGAGCCUAUUCAAGUACCUGCUGAAAUUUCCCCGGAGCCAUUCUCACUAGUAACUCAUACUCAACUGGAUGAAUUUGUUCCUGCACCUAAACGUCCUCAACCAGGUGUGGUUUCUUGGUGUCCACCACAACCCAACUGGAACCCUUGGACAAAUUGUAACAUCGACGAAGGUCCUUUGGCUCAUGCCUCAAUGGAACAAAUCAGUCAGGAUGUGUACCGGUCACUAGAAGAACAGAGAGCCAAUGAUAGAGAUCUUCAGGCUAUGCUCCAUGAUCGAAGCAAGUUACCUAUCAAUCAAUCUAGAGAUCAUAUUGUACAAGUUAUUAAAUCUUCCCCGGUUGUUCUCAUAAGAGGAGAAACUGGAUGCGGUAAAACAACACAGGUCCCUCAGUUUAUUUUGGACGGCAUGGUUGCAGAAGGCAAGGGUGCUGACUGUAAUAUAAUUGUGACUCAGCCUAGAAGAAUCAGUGCCGUAUCCAUCGCCGAAAGGGUCGCUAUGGAAAGGAAUGAGAACUUGGGGCUGAGUACUGGCUACAGUGUCAGAUUUGAAAGUGUUCUACCUCGGCCCUAUGCGGCUAUUCUCUAUUGUACAUUAGGAACAUUAUUACGACGAUUAGAGAAUGGCUUGCGUGGUGUUUCUCAUGUAAUUGUUGAUGAAAUCCAUGAAAGAGACAUAAAUACUGACUUCUUGUUGGUGUUACUCCGGGAUAUGUUAGCAACUUAUAGUGAACUGCGUGUUGUACUUAUGUCUGCUACUGUAGAUGUAACUCUGUUCUGUGAAUACUUCGGCAAUUGUAGAGUGGUGGAAGUUUAUGGCCGAGUUUUUCCAGUUCAAGAUUAUUUCUUAGAGGAUUGUAUUCAAAUGACAAAUUUUGUGCCACCACCAUCAGAUAGAAAGAAAAAGAAAGAGAAAGAUGAGGAUGGAGAAGAUGGUGACAAAGAGGAAAAUUGCAAUUUGCUAAUAUCUGGUGAUUACUCAGAAGCCACUCGAAGAGCAAUGGCUAUGUUAAAUGAGAAAGAAAUGUCAUUUGAAUUAAUUGAAGCAUUACUACAAUACAUCAAAAGUCUGAAUAUUCCCGGUGCUGUCUUAAUUUUCUUACCUGGCUGGAAUCUCAUCUUUGCUCUACAGAAACACCUGGAGAUGUCGGCUGACUUUGGCUCCUCAAGGUAUCGAAUUCUUCCUUUACAUUCACAAAUACCCCGAGAAGACCAAAAGAAAGUGUUUGAAAGCGUACCAUGUGGAAUUACGAAGAUUAUUCUCUCAACCAAUAUUGCUGAGACCAGUGUGACCAUCAAUGAUGUCGUCUAUGUCAUUGACUGUUGCAAAGCUAAAAUGAAACUCUUCACUUCACACAACAACAUGACUAACUAUGCUACUUUAUGGGCUUCCAAAACUAAUUUGGAACAACGCCGUGGGCGUGCUGGACGUGUUCGGCCUGGAUUCUGCUUUCAUCUUUGUAGCAGAGCCAGGUAUGAAAGACUAGAACAACAUACAACACCUGAAAUAUUCCGCACACCACUUCAUGAAUUAGCAUUGGCUAUCAAACUGCUAAGGCUCGGGUCUAUUGGUUUAUUUUUGGCCAAAGCUGUUGAGCCACCUCCUAUUGAUGCUGUUAUUGAAGCUGAAGCCCUAUUAAAAGAAAUGCGUGCUCUUGAUUCUAAUGAUGAAUUAACUCCUUUGGGCCGUAUUCUUGCCAGACUUCCUAUUGAACCUCGCUUAGGAAAAAUGAUGAUUUAUGGUUGCCUGUUUUACUGUGGAGAUGCUGUGUGUACAGUUGCUGCUAGCACUACGUUUCCAGAACCAUUUAUAACACAUGACCGGAAGCGCCUUGGCUGGAUACAUAAAAAUCUGGCUGGUACAAGAUGCAGUGAUCAUGUAGCCUUAUUGAAUGCAUUUCAACUUUGGGAAGAUGCUCGUAUGUCUGGUGAAGAUAGUGAAGCUUGCUUUUGUGACAAUAAAUCUCUUUCAAUGCCAACAUUGCGAAUGACAUGUGAAGCAAAGAAUCAGUUAAGAGAUAUUCUUACCAAUACUGGUUUCCCAGAAGAAUGUAUGUUGCCCAAAGUAUACAAUUACACUGGACCCGAUGGUAAUUUAGAUAUUGUGACAACGCUCUUAUGUAUGGGUCUUUAUCCUAAUGUUUGCUAUCAUAAAGAAAAGCGUAAGGUACUCACUACUGAAAGCAAGCAUGCCUUAGUUCAUAAAUCAUCAGUGAACUGCAGUAAUUUUGAAAUUCAUUUUCCUUCUCCUUAUUUCAUAUUUGGGGAAAAGAUACGUACUCGUGCUGUGUCUUGCAAACAAAUGACAAUGGUAACACCCAUCCAGUUACUGCUCUUUGCUUCUCGCUCAGUGACAUUUCAUGAAGAAUUGGUUAUUCUUGAUGAAUGGAUUAAUUUAAAAAUGAACCCUAAUAUUGCUGCCAAAAUUGUCGCUCUCCGUCCGGCCAUGGAAGCCCUAAUAGUGCGAGCCACCCAGAACCCAGCUGUAAUUAACCAGCCAGGACCCCAAGAGUCUUCGCUGAUGAGUGCUGUGAGAUUUUUAUCUCAACCAAAUGCUGGUCGCUUUGGACUUGCUGACCAGACCGAAAAUGGACCCCCAAACAAAUUUGCUCGGUUCGGUGGAGGUGGGAGAGGAUUUCGGAACUUCAGCCGAGGGGGCAGCUUUGAGGGUGGGUCCCGAGGAUAUGGGGGUGGCUAUGGCAGUAAUUACCGUGGUGGGAUGAGUACAGGGUUCACCAACAACUGGAGAGGUGGUGGCGGGUACCGCGGUGGAUACAAUCGUGGUGGUGGGUAUAACAGAGGUGGAGGUUAUCAGCGAUCUGGGGGUGGUGGGGGUUACUACUGAAUUCAAUAAAAUACCUAGAACACUAUAAUAGAUGAACGUUGUUUUCAUCUUGGAUGUUUGAGCUUUCUUUACCAGUUCCAGCUCAUUAUAACUGGAAUUUCUGCUACAACUAUUGUUAGUUGCAGUCACUCGACCAAAGGCCCAAAUAUUAGAUUCAUUUUCAUCUCCCCUCCCCUUAUAAAUAUAUGUAGACUUAUUUUGUUGUUUAGUUUUAUAUCUUGUGAAAUUGGUUUAGUUCCUUUAGUUUGAAACAAUGUGUUCUUGUUCUUAUAAGUUUUAUGUAAAUCAUUUUGCAGGUUUCCUAAAAACAGGCUUGUUCCCUUUAUUGAGGGCAAAAGGCAGUGUUUUGUCAAGGUCUUUUAAUUACAGGUGUAGUUAAAAUCUAUUGUUAUUUGUUUCUUCUGGCAUAAAAUUCCCUUAUUACUGAAGCUGCAUGUUUCCGGUUUGUGAAUUAGUAAUUAAGUGAAUAAGACUGUGCAAACAAUCCAUUCUGUAUCACACAGUGUGUGAUGGUUUAUUCUCAGUAGGCUGUAACUCUUUUAUUUUUGCUUAUGAAAAUGCCAUAUGUAUUUUUACAUAGGUGAAAUUAGCUCCUUUAUACAGUUGUUAAUUAACCUUUUGUUAGUUUACUUUGAGUUUUCAUCAUAUCUUUAUCACUGACCAUUUACAGUCGAGGCUCAUAAUUCUUUCAUAACCCUCUUAGCUGCUACUUAAAAAUCUGCCAGCCAUAUCUUCUUGUUAGUAUUUCUGAAAAUACUCCCACAGAGAAAAGAAAUUUCCACUCUUACCACCGCGACCACCACCGCCACCACCUCAUAGUUGAUUAUCAGUCCGAGUGUUAAGAAUUUAUGAAUGGCCACCCCCACCCCCCAGUCAGCUAAAAGUGAUCAGUUAGUAUUGACUCAUUAUUUUCUAAGCAGGAUUAUCUCUUCUAUAAAAACCAGGAAAUUGUAUUGGGAACAAUAUUAUUUCUAAUAUUUCUCUUGUCCAAAAUGAAUGUAAUUGCAGAAGUCUUAUUGAUUAACAUUAAUAUUGGUAUUACAGCUUUUAAACUGUAAAUUGGGAAACUGUUUUCAUUUGGCAGGAUGAAUGAGAUUUUUUUCCUGUAGUUUUUAUUUAUGGUGAAAGAUUUUCUUUGAUCAAAAUUAACAACAAAUGGUUUGAUCUCUUGGCCAACAUAAAAUUCCUGUGGGGGUUGUAAUAGGUAUUUCCAAUGUAUACAUAGUCAGGAAUCAUAAGUUUUUAAUGUCUACAUUUGUAUAAAAUACAUUUUACAUUUUCGGGCUCAUUAUACUCUCAGCAGAAAGUUCCUGAUAUCGCCACCUCCUAAAACUUUUUUUCCCCAAAAAUUCCUUGUCACUCCAAACCCUAGUUUCAUAAGCACAUUGGAAAAGGAGCAAGUUUCAUAACUCCUAUUUUCCUUGCACAAAAUGCAUUAUACAAUUUUUUAAUUUUAAUUUUUUUUUCCCUUUUAGAAACCUCAGCACUCCAUAUUUUUUACUCUACUAGUUUCAAAAUACAUUUUUUGUCACAUUACAGCCAUUUAGUUUUUUUUUAUAAAUGGCACCACCUCCUUAUCAAAACAAAAAUUAGAAAUAACAAAUUAGUCAAACCCUUUCACCAGUGAUGAAGAUAAAAUCAUGGCAACUAAACAGAAUUGAAUGUGACAAGUUUCUAUUUUUUUCCCCUCAUUUGUUGCCUGUUAUGAUGGAAGGAUUUUUAAAGACAAUAUUUUUAUUGUCUUAUCAAAAGUAUAAAGAAGUAACUAACAAAGGCUAGCUUUAACUUUGGUACAUUUUGUUUUUCCACUAUCUUUUCUAGCCUUUACUCUCUCUACAUUUACUUGCACCUUAAAUUUAUUUAUUUCUAGAGCUUUCUACUCACAUGUCCCCACCAGUUAAAAGAAAAAAAAAAAAAAAAAAAAAUUCCUAAUCUUUAAUUUUUUUUUUUGCGAGAUCUGAAAGCUUCCAAGUAGUAACAUUUGACUAACAAAUUUGUUGCUCCACUUGUAAACAAUAUCUUCCUUGACCAACCUGCACUUUAACCUCUAUUUUGGUCUCAUUGGUUUAGUAUCCUAAUUUCAGCAUUCAAGCACUUGCAUCAUUACAUCAUUAUACCUAUUGUAAAAAGGAAAAAAAAAAAUUCAAAAAAUAAAAACCCAAUUCUAGCAGUGUUGCCUUAUCUCAGAAUUGAGGAAUCAUUUUUGUACAUAUAAACAUCAAGUUGUUAGUUUACUGCAGGCUUCUCCUCCAAACUACUCUAACAACAUCUGGGGAUGUAUAAACUUUCUUGGCUUCUAGAAGUUUUUCAUUCACUUUUCUUCCUUCACUUUUCCAGAAUCAAGCCCUUUUCAAUUUCUAAAGAUCAAAAAUAAAGAUUUCCAUAGUU